AUGGAGGUAGUCACCACUAGAUUGCAGGAGACAGAUCCUGCAGAUGAUCCCGUCCUUGUGCAGUAUCCACUGGUCAGCAAGGUGCCAGAGGGAGUAACUGUCCAGCUCCACUGUGCCUUGUAUAACGCCAGUGUCAAUGUCACCGAUGUCCACUGGUACCACCAGCGCCCUGGGAACAAGAGCGAGUGGGCGUUGAGUCACUUUGUGAAUGACUCGGUGAGCAGGUCCGGGGGUAUCUCUGACCGUUUUCAGUCUCACAGGAAUGUCGUGAAUAACAGUUACAUUCUGACCAUCAGCAACACAUCUAUUAGUGACACUGCAGCGUACAACUGCAGUGUGUGGAAUUACAUCUACGGAGGAGGAACUCAGCUCAAUGUAACUGAUGCCAAUCUUCCAAUCCUCAUCCAGUCCCCAAGCCAGGAGCACGUCACCGAGGGGCAAUCGGCACGGUUAUGGUGUGCCAUGAAGAACGCCAGAGUGGGAGACACUGAUGUCCACUGGUAUCGGAGACGACCUGGGCAGGACAUGGAGUGGGUCUUAACGCACGAGGCAGGAGAGAGCAUACGAGGGAGACCAGGUUUCACUGAGAGGUUCCAGCCCUCCAGGGACUCCUCCAACAGCAGUUUCAUCCUGAUGGUCACAAAGGUCGAGGUCAAUGACUCUGCCAACUAUUACUGCAGAGUGUGGGGAGACAUCAGUGGGAACGGAACCCGGCUCACUGUCAUUAAAGCCGAUGAAGGUGGGUCUUCGAAAGUCUUGGCCAGUAUUCUCACCAGUAUCCUCGUACUCGUCCUCUUAUUUUGCAUCUUAAUAACAGUAAUAUGCUAUGUGAAAAAAUGGGCAUGUUUUCAACAGAGAUUGAAGCCAGAAGGGUGCUCUUCUGAAGAUCUGAACACAGUGUAUACCACAGUUACAGCUGAAACCGAGGUGGAUAACCAGGCAGCCACAAAUGUUACUGUGUCCGAGCAAUCAGAGAUGUUUUAUGCUGAUAUUCAGUUCCAACAGCAGAAGACAGCUCCAAAAAUACAAGUCACCGAGGAAACAACCAACUAUGCCGUCAUCAAACACGCCCAGUGA